GUGCGUUCCCUUCAAACCACAUUUGGAGACUUUGAAUCCAUGAUGAAAAUUGUUCAGCAGAAGCAGGAGGUGACUGAAAAGGCUGUUAAACAAGGAGAGAGUGAAAUAAACCGGAUCAGUGAAGUGCUUCAGAAGCUGCAAAACGAAAUUCUGAAAGACUUGUCUGAUGGCAUCCACAUGGUGAAGGAUGCAAGGGAACGAGACUUCACAUCUCUGGAAAACACCGUGGAAGAGAGACUAACAGAGCUAACCAAAUCUAUAAAUGAUAACAUUGCUGUAUUCACUGAAGUCCAGCAAAGGAGCCAAGAUGAAAUCAACAGUAUGAAAGCAAAGGUUGGUUCACUAGAACAGGCAGAUGUGUAUAAACACGAAAUUCAGGUGCUAAAAGAUGCUUUGGAUGAGAUGCAAGUGUCCAUGAAAGUCAAAGAAAAGGACAUAGAGACUUUGAAGAGCACAAUAGACUCCAUGGAGUCUGAUGUGUACACUGAAGUGAAAGAGCUAGUCAACCUCAAACAAGAACAUGAGAAGUUCAAAGAGGCUGCUGACACGGAACACCUUUCAUUAAGGGCUUUACAAGCCAAAGUUCUGAGAGCUGAGGAUUCUAUUAUGAGUCUCCCAAGUGACAUUCAAAGACUUGAGGAAGAUUUACUGCAAAUUAAAGCUAACCUCAACAAAUGGGAAGAUAAUGAACUCUUCAGAAAAGCAUUAGUAACCUUUGGGAAGAACGGUGAAGGUCUGGAGUCUCGAUUGAGGCACAUAGAAGAUAGCCUGGAGUCUCUAACUUCUGAUGCUGCCCAAAAGAGUGAAAAGUUGCAGUCCUUCCUUUCUAGGGAAGCAGAAUAUGAGAACAAGCUCAGGGCCCUAGAACAAACCAUUACUGCUCUUCAGGGACUCACAAAUACAGAUGUGACUUCAGUCACAGACCUUCUGAGAAACCUUGGUGAAGCACAGACCUCGCUAUACAACGACGUGGAAGACCUGAGGAGAAGCAUCAGUGACCUGCCAUCCUCUGGUGCUCUCCAGGAUGUCCAGAAGCAAAUUAGUACUUUGUUGGAUCAAGGAAAUCCCCAGACAGGUCAAGCACAUCCUCAAGGCUACCUUGAAAAACUUUCUUCUAUGGAAGGCUCAGUAGAUGAACUGAGAUCUUCUGUCAGUCAGGUGGAUUCUGAUUUGAAAAUGAUAAGAACUGCAGUGGAUAGUUUAGUCGCCUACUCAGUGAAAAUUGAAAAUAAUGAGAACAACUUGGAGUCUGUGAAGAGCUCAAUAGAUGACCUGAGGAAUGACCUGGAAAGGUUGUUUGUGAAAGUAGAGAAAAUACAUGAAAAAGUUUAG